AUGUCUAACGAAAAUAUUAAAGUCGACGGUUACCAGAACGAAGUUUCUGCUGUGGUUGGUAACUUUUUCAAAGGUUGUGCUAUCCCUGAAGAUACCAAAUUUGACUUAUAUGAAAACAAGAAGUCUAAAGAUGGCAAAUACGUCAUUCACGGUCAGAAUAAGAGAUUGGAAUAUGAAGGUGCUUCAGAUGAGUUGGUCAGUCAAUCAAAUCAAUAUGUUGUAGGUGUUUUCAAUCCUGAGAAAAAGAAAGUCGAAUUAUACAGAGUCCCAUUGUUAAAGUCCAAAGUCAUUUCAAAAUCUAGUAAAAACUUAGCUGGUCCAAAGAUUAAAAGUGAUGAAACCCGUAUGUCUGUGUUGAGAAACAAAUUAGGUGAAGCAUUUGGUACCAAGAAAGCCAAGAAAGCUAUCACAGACCUUGAAAAGAAUCGUAUUGAUGCGGAUAAAUUAGCUGGAUCUGCGAUCGAUAUUGUGGCAUCAGUGAGAACCGCUGCCAAGGACUUGCCAACUAGAGCUGAAUUACAAGAAUCUCUUUCAAAUGAUAGACCAACUCCAUUGGCCAAUGUUGAUGCCACUGAUGUUGAACAAGUCUAUCCAAUCCACAACAUAAUAUCUAAGAAGGAAUUAGCCUUCAUUCGUGUUGGUCCAUUAAUGAAAGAAGACGAUUCAGAAAAGAAAUUGGAGAUGCUCCCAUACACAAAGUCACAUUAUAUAUCCAAGAAACUGGAAUCUAUUUCGCAAUCUGAAAACAUGACGAAAAUGCAAUUAUUAUACUAUCUAUCCUUAUUGCUAGGUGUUUACGAUAGUAGAAGAGUCAAUAACAGAGUUAAAUUAAUGGAGAGAUUAAACUCUCCACCAGAUGCUAUAGUCGAUGGUAUUUUCGAUAAAUUCACAAUUUUAAGAGCUAGUCACUUUGGUAAAUCAAAAGAUCGCUCAUUUUUCAUUGAUCCUCAACAUGAAGAUAAAUUACUCUGUUAUAUUUUAGCUAUCAUAUUACAUUUAGAUAACUUUAUCGUCGAAAUUUCUCCUCUAGCACAAGAAUUAAAUAUAAAACCAUCAAGAUUAGUCAAUCUGUUCAGAAUAUUAGGUUGUAUCGUUAAAGGUGCUACUGUCUCUCAAGCAGAAGCUUUUGGCAUUCCAAAGAGUACCGCUUCUACAUAUAAAAUUGCUACCUUAAAGGUUCCAUUCAGGUUACCGGAAAUGGUUAGAAGAGGUAGAGGUCCACAACGUUAA